AAGAAUAUAAAUAAGAGGGAGAGACACCAUGAGACACUAGAGAUAUCAGAGACAUCAAAGACAACAGAGCAUCUAAACACACUGACAUCAGGAUCUUCAUCUUCAUCUUCAACUGAAAUCUGACCAUGAAGCUGGUUUCAGUCGUCCUCCUCCUGCUGGCCCCCCUGUUGACCAGCUGCCAGCAGCUCGUUCUGCCGUUGGACUGCAGUGACAUUUAUAAUAAUGACAACAGCCGACCCAGUGGAGUGUACACCAUCUAUCCCAUCGGAGCCACGUCUGCUGUCCAGGUGUACUGUGACAUGGAGUCAGAAGGAGGACGGUGGACGGUGUUCCAGAGGAGGAUGGACGGCACGGUGAACUUCUACAGGGGCUGGGAUCAAUACAAGACCGGCUUUGGUAUCGCUGCUGGAGAGUACUGGCUCGGUCUGGAGUCUCUCUACCACCUGACUGAGAGGAGAAGGUACGAGCUGCUGGUCGACAUGGAGGACUUUGAAGGAAACAAAGCGUUCGCUCGUUACUCCUCGUUCUCCAUCGACUCUGAGUCCUCCGGAUACACACUGAAUGUUUCUGGAUUCAUUAAUGGAGGAGCAGGAAACUCCCUGAGAAAUGACAACGGACAGAAGUUCUCCACCUUCGACAACGACCAGGACACCUGGGAGGGGAACUGUGCCAGAUCAUCCCUGGGGGCGUUCUGGUACAACAAAUGUCACUAUGCAAAUCCAAACGGUGUUUAUCGUUGGGGGUUUGACAACACUCUCUCUAAUGUUGGAGUGAGUUGGUACCAUUGGAAAGGUCGUUCCUACUCCCUGAAGACCAUCAGCAUGAAGAUCCGUCCUGUGCUGUAGUAAAGAAAAGUAUAAAAAGAUCUUUGCAGUUCAGGACAGCCAGUUGAUGUUUG